UCCAGUAUAUUUGCUUUUUUGCGAGUUUAACUUCACGCAGGACACAGUGGAGAAAUAAUGUCACUUGUUUUUGUUCAUUCAUCAACUUCCUUUCGAUAAGUGACAAGGUCAGAUUCUCCCUGAAAGGAGUUGAAAACCGCGACAAGCGGUUUCAGAUCUACCGAUUCCUGUUGGAGAACUGCAAUGAUGUCCAGCGCUUCAACGUCACUAACAAAAUAAACCAAGCCAUCUUAGCAAGCUUUGCAGAUGAAGAGCUACCUCUGGACGCAGGUGGUGCUGAAAUCCUUUCUGAAGCCUUCAACAUAUUGAGCUUAAAAGAGCUUAAACUUCAGACCGUAGGAGGAGUAACAGCAGGGGAGGAAGCAGAGGAAGAGAACAUGGCCACAAUGGCUAAAGUUGCCCUGCAGGCUGCUCAGAAGAAGACCGCGUCCCAGAUCCAUAAGAAGGUCUUCAUCGAGCACACGGUGCCUCUCAUCAUCAGCCUGAAGAGUUUGCUAGAAGAAAAACGCUCUCCUGCCCUCAGAGACCUCAUGGCCUUCCUCCAGGUGACGAUGCAGGACAACCCUAAUAAGAUGAAAGAGCUUUUCUCUGGUGAUGAACAGCUGCUUGCUGAGGUGGAGUUUUCUCUGAAGACGGCUGAGAAAGAGAGAGUGAUGAGUGAGAUGGAUCAUCAGUUUGAAAACUUUACCCUGACUGGAGAUGCUAACACUCCCACUGCACAGGACUCUCCACAGAGGUCCAGGCUCAUUCUCCCUGUUAGAUUUGCCACUCCACAGCCGGCACGACCAUAUCAGCUGUCAGAACAACUAUCACAAACUGAUGGCAGGUGUAUGAACAGACGCACGCGGGACAAACGUAUCAGGCCAAAUUCAGACACUUUGAAAGGAACAGUGUUGGAGAAAAGGGCUGUGGGUGAUCGAGCUAUCAGCACACCAAAAGUUGGAACCCUCAACUUAACGUUCGAUGAAGGAUUCAGUGCAAUUUUCAGUGACCGAGGAACAAGUCUCGGGGGAGACACCAGUGUUGAUCAUGUGCAGCCACAAGAGCAGCAAGCUCCUCAGCUGAGGCAGUGGGAUGUGCAGUCCCCACUCAGGCAGAAGAAAAGAAAUCCCAAGUUUGGCAAAUGAUCUCAUGGAAGAAUAUGUUUGUGGUUUUGUUUUGAACACAAACUCGACACAACAUUUCCAAUGUAGCCGUUAUUCCACCACAAAACUGCAGGUGCCCUGUAAGUUGACUGAUCUGCUCAAAACUUCAUAUGUGAGACCAGGGCCCUGAACAUGUCUGCAUCCAUAACCAGCACAGAGGACAACGUGUCAGAGUUUACUGAACGCAUCAAAGGUAAAAGUUAUUAACGGUUUUGUGCAUUUGAAAGUGUGUGGCCAUGGCAACCAUCGGAAGUUUGGCCAAUUUGACAAUUCACCACCACUCCCCGAGUUGCUUUCAUGACUGCGAGACCGUCAUGAAGUUUGUUUAUCUCUUCACCAGUUUCCAGUUCUGAAGCGUGGUUGGGAACCUCUGGUACCAUGAACCAAAUAUUAGCAUGCCAAAAUAGACCAUUUGUAAUAUUUUGAUAUUAAUGUAUGAAAUAAGAUGAUUAAAAAUAAAUAUCUGAUUGUUUUCUAUGAACUCCA